UUAGAUGCUUGAACCUUUUCCAAGUGGUGGCUAAGUUCCUGUGAUUAUCAUCUUCUUUCUCAAACGAAUGAAAAGUAUAAAAAGAAAAGUGGGAGGUGCUGAAUUUCGAUCGACAUUCAUGUGGUUUGGGUUCUAUAUUCGUUUAUGAUUAAGAUCUGUAAUGAGAGAAAACUAUGUCGUUUUCAAUAAUAAAACUUGACGCUUCUGAUUGGUAGGGGGCAAAAAACUUGAAAGCUCCGCCGUGGGUCAGAAAAGAGAGAUCGUGACUAAAAAAAAGCACUGAAGUGAUGAAAGGGCCCAAAGAAGAUUGCCUUCUUGUCGAGUGGGGUGGUUUCUUCUAAAUGGGUGCAGCUAUGUGCCAUUUUUCAUCUGAUGUUGACAUUCAACCAAUGGGUUUGGUAGGUCUCUCUCUCUUAUCGUGGUUUCUUCCAUAACCGUAGUUAAAAGGUGAAUCAACAUUAAAUAUGAAAGACACUGGGAACAAGAGGAGAAAUUCAGCUAAUGUCCAAUCAAAGCACCCAGGAAGAACUGAUAGGAGAAAUAAUAAACCUAAUCAACAGAAUGGUGGCAAGACUUUGAAGGCGAAAGAAGCUGAAUCCAAAGCUUUAAAAGCUAGAUCAGACCCUAAUUCUAAAGUAAGUGAUUCCAAUGUGGCAUCUGAGCCCAUCGAAGUUUAUGAGAAUGUGAUUGUACAUUAUGUGGAUGAUGUUAACAAGUCUGAAGAAACAUCUCCUAAUCCAAAUGGUAAUAAAAUGGCCACUAAAUUAAAAAAGGCCGAAAUUUUAGACGAUUGCUCCAGUGAUAUAGAGGGAGAAACAACUCAGCAAAAGGAAGAAGAAUCAGACUCUGAGACUAUAAAAGAUUCAGCAUCAUCUCUGGGAGAUUCCUUGACAGCUGAGGAUGAGAGAGAAGAGGGUGUUCUGAGAGCUUCUAAUGGUGUUCACGAUAACAACCUCAAAGAUGGCUCUUCCCAUGGUUCCAGAAUGGGAUCUGAACUUGAAACUAAUAAAUCACAUUUAAAGGCAUUGAAUAAUACUCCAAAGAAAUCUGCAAAAUCUAAUGGAGUCCCCCAUAAGAAUGCUACCAAAAGUUAUGUAGAAGAAACCUUGAAAGUUUCUCCUAAAUCUUCAUCUGAGUCUUCAGAAGGAUCUAAUGCCAGGCAUGCUGAAGAGUUAAAAGAAGUUGAUGUCUUGGAUGAGACACCAAACGGCAAUAAAAGUUUUGCAAGUGACAAUGAGCCUGUUGAUGCUGAAGACAAAUUUCAAGUUGAAAAUGAGGCAGCUUUAAAUGAAAAGAUUAAUGAGAUGGAGACAAGAAUUGAGAAACUUAAAGCAGAGCUGAGAGAAGUAGCUGCUCUGGAAAUUUCUCUCUAUUCUGUUGUUCCAGAGCAUGGGAGCUCAGCACAUAAGCUGCAUACACCUGCUCGACGUCUUUCUAGACUCUAUAUACAUGCUUGCAAGCAUUGGGAACAAAACAAGCGAGCCACAAUUGCUAAAAACACAGUGUCUGGGCUUAUUUUGACUGCAAAAUCUUGUGGUAAUGAUGUUUCAAGGUUAACCUUCUGGUUAUCAAACACCAUAGUGCUGAGGGAGAUCAUCUCUCAAGCAUUUGGCAAUUCACGCAACUCAAACCCACUUGCACGGCUCCCUGAGUUAAAUGGCAGUAACAAAAGGAGUGAAGUAAAGCCGUCAACUCUAAAAUGGAAAGGUGGUGGUGGUAGUAAACAAGUAAACAGUUUUAUGCCGCUUGUUGAUUAUUGGCAAGAGACUGGAACCUUCACUAAUGCACUAGAAAAAGUGGAAUCUUGGAUAUUCUCUCGAAUAGUUGAGUCAGUAUGGUGGCAGGCUCUUACUCCAUAUAUGCAAACUCCUCUUGAGGGUUCACCUGUCAGCAAAACAAUUGGAAAGUUGUUGGGGCCAGCCUUAGGAGACCAACAACAAGGAAGUUUCUCUAUCAACUUAUGGAUAAAUGCUUUCCAAGAUGCUUUUCAACGACUUUGUCCUGUAAGAGCAGGUGGUCAUGAGUGUGGUUGCUUGCCAGUUAUUGCAAGAUUGGUUAUGGAGCAGUGUGUUGCAAGGCUAGAUGUAGCAAUGUUCAAUGCUAUUUUGAGGGAGUCCGCCCAUGAGAUUCCAACAGAUCCUAUAUCUGAUCCUAUUGUAGAUUCAAGGGUUCUGCCUAUUCCCGCUGGAGAUCUUAGCUUCGGAUCUGGUGCACAACUCAAAAAUGCUGUUGGUAAUUGGUGUAGAUGGCUGACUGAAAUGUUUGGCAUGGAUAGUGAUGAUAAUUUAAAUGAAGAUCAAUGUUCCAGUCAAGAUGAUUUCAGAAAAAAUGGAGACGGAGAAUCUAAAUCUUUCCUUUUUCUUAAUUCCCUGAGUGAUCUUCUAAUGCUUCCAAAGGACAUGCUAAUGGACCGUUCAAUCAGAGAGGAGCUGUGCCCAUCAAUAGAUCUUCCGUUGGUUAAACGCAUUCUCUGCAACUUCACUCCAGAUGAAUUUUGUCCAGAUCCUGUUCCAGGAGCUGUAUUGGAAGCCUUGAAUGCUGAGACUAUUGUUGAGCGGAGGUUAUCAGGGGACCCGGCCAGAAGUUUCCCUUAUACAGCUGCCCUCGUUGUCUAUACUCCUCCAUCCUCAUCAGAUGUGGCUGAAAAAGUUGUGGAGGCAGGAGGGAAGUCGCCACUGUCUAGGAAUGCAUCAGUGGUACAGAGGAAAGGGUAUACCAGUGACGAGGAACUGGAGGAAUUGAAUUCUCCACUUUCAUCAAUAAUUGAGAAAUUUCCAUUGUCACCAACAAUUGUUACCAAUGGAGGAGUGAAUGGAAACCAUGAACAUGCAGGCUAUGGUGGUAUAAAUGCAAGAUACGAACUCCUUCACGAGGUAUGGUCCGUGUGAGUGUUUAUGUUAGAUCGUUGUGUAUAUCUCUCAUGUUUUGUAGCCAUGGAAAAGUGAGGGUGAAGGUGAAAAAACUCAAGGUGAAAUGUUUAGAUGAUCAAAGUUACAGGAAAUUCUCAAACAUCGUUUAUUGGCUUGAUUGUACAGUUGGAAGAACUUGGUUUCUUUUUGUUGAAUGCGGAGAGCUUGAAAUCAACUGCAAUUAUGUCUUCGAUAUACAGAAUAAAUUCAUACUGUUGUGCUGAGUA